UUCACUGAAGACGGCCAUACCAGUCUGACUGCGCGUCCUCGGUAAAGUAAUUGUUUUAAAACCAAUUGGCCUGUGUCUCAUGUACACCAAGCCCUUUUUAUCCCAGUGUAACAGGGCUUUAAUGCAGGUGUACUGUAAUUUGGUCCCAUAUAAAGGCCCUUUUACACGGCUGGUGUAAGUGAGAAUCAGGUCCUUUGACAACGUAACUUGAUUAGAGGAUUUCAAUUGCCGCGAUGCUGGGGAAGAUGGCGGCAGCUGUUCAAACCUUUGCGUGCCUCGUGGUGCUCAGCAGCUUACAAGCUUAUGAGGCCACAGAGGUGCCGAGCAAUCAGGUGAAUGGGACUGUCGGUGGCACGGUGUAUCUAAACCCCAAACUGUCAGUCCCAGAGGAAUACAAGCAGAUCAUCUGGAGGUUCAACAACUCCCUAAAGAUCCUGACUAAAAAAUGGAAUCAGUUAGUGUCUUAUCCCAGUGGCUCUUUUCAGAAUAAACUGCAUUACUACGAGAAUCACACCCUGGAAAUUAACCAACUGCAGAAGCAAGACAGCGGCAUCUUCCAGAUACAAGUGGAAGAUAACCUAAGCAAGAAGACAAAUGAAGAUAUCCAACUGCACGUGUACGAGCCCAUCCCUAAGCCCAGUGUGAAGUUCAUUUCCAGGGUCAACGAAGAUGGAUGGUGCAGUGUCACCCUGGCGUGCAUUGUGAAUGCCACCCAAGUGACCUACCGCUGGCGCAAGAAUGAAAAGGAUUUAGUGGGCAAAAAUAGCAGCACACUGGAUGAUCUAUUUAAGUUAGAAAGUAACGCAUCUUACAAAUGCAUCGUCAGCAACCCCGUCAGCGAAGAGACGGGCUUCAUCAAUUACGGAAGCCCUUGCACGUGGAAUGGUAACAUUCACUUUGCAUUCAUUUCUCUUGCUGCGUCUAUCUGGCUGUAG